AUGGGAUCUGGAGAUGGUGGUGCUGCAGUGCCAACCGAGGCGGAGAAGGCGGAAGAUCUUUCUGCUGAGCCUGCUGAUGGGGCUGAUGUAAAUGCAGAGGCCAAGAGACUUGUGGCAAUGAGUAGCCAGGACCUGGUCAAGAAAGAUGUCCCCUCUGCCGUCAGUGCCUUACAGAAAGCCAGCGGUCUGCUGGAUAAGAAAAACCAGACAGAAGACCAGCAUGCUGAUGGUGUCUACUACUGUGAGAUGGCUCUCCUAGAGCCUAAACGAUUGGGGAACUAUAUCCUGAGUGAACCUCUGGAGGGUUUGCCAGAAGGCAAUGAGUCUGGUGAAGAUCCCGAUGUCCCCAGUGCCUCCAACCUUGAUGAGAAAGAGGAGGAGGAGUUAAGAAGGCAAGGAUAUGGUCCCAUGUCUGUGAAGGAUGAAAAGGCUAAUAAAGUGAAUGGAGACUCCAAAGAAAAAGAGGCCGAAGAAGCUAAGGCUGAGGUCUUGAAAUGGGAUAAAUCCUCGGAUGUUCCAGAGACCAAAGUUAAGGUGGAAGAAGCGACUGCCAAGGUGGGAAUAGCCACUGAAGACGCAGAAGACUCUGAAGCUGCCCUCAAACCUGAAGAAACCCCUGCUCAGAAUAAUGGAAAAGUGGUCCAGAUGCGUGGAAAAGGAGCGAGUCGUAAGAAACAUGUUCUGCUGAAGCAGCAGUGUAAAACAAAGGGCUUUGCGGCAGAUGCCCUCUUACGAGCAUCCGGGUAUUACAAAGAGGGGUGA